GUGCAAACGUAGCGUAUUUCAACAUUGAAAAAUGUGCUUAGAAGUAAUUAGUGCGUUAAAGUUUGAUUGAUUGAUUGAACGUGACGAUGAUGUUAGAACGAUAUCGAUAACUUGUAAACAGUAGCUAUAUGCGUACAUAGUAAUUUUUUCCGCGUUUUUUUAGCAGGCAAGAUUAGAUUACCACGUACCAAGCAAAUCGAAUCUCGAUAACGCGGUGCGUCAACUACAAGUAACAGCUCGUCGCCAAGUUGGCUGUGACAAGAUCGACCGUUGUUAUCUACUCGGUCGUGAUCUCUGUGAUAGUUGGAGUCUGUGUGGGACUGGGUGUCUGGUUUCUUAAACCCAACGACAACUCUAACUUCUCCACCACAGAGUCUAGCGUCACCACGACAACCAAGGACCGGAAUGAGCCAAGUGACUGGCCGGUCGACGGCAGAGCAGGUCUCAUCGUCAGGACAGACACUGGCAUCAGAGUUUGGAAUUACUACGACGAAAAAUGGAUUGAUUUUCGUCGAGGAUUAUAGUCCGUUAUAGAUUAUUACAAAAAUGAGACUCUGUACUACUGCACGACAUCAAAUUACAGCUCUAUCCGGUCCACGUCCAGGAGGUUUCCAGAUCUUAAGUAUCCCGGGGACGAUUGGACGGUUAAUGCCCUGGCAGUGGAUGACUUUACCAAAAAGCUUUACGUGUACGAUGAAACGUCAGGAAAAAUCGAUCUUUUCGAUCUGCAGGGAAAAUACAUGGGCAUAAUUCUAUCAGAUCUCUACAUGGUCAAGGACAUCGCUUUGGAUCUUCGACAUGGACUAUUGUUCAUCUUGCAAUCAAAUAAGAUUCUUCGAGCUGGUAUGGAUGGCGAAGGUCUCGAAGUAAUCGUAUCGAGCCAAUGGUUGGACGCGUUCGUAGCGGAUCCUUCAAGUGGACUAUUGUACUACUCUCAGGGUCAAGAGAUUCUUGUCCACAACUAUUUCAAAUCUGGAAGUAUUUAUAGAUUAGCUGUCAUCGAAGGCGCAUAGUCGAUAAUUUCUUUAGCCAUUUUAGAAAAUCAACUAUUCUAUGCUACUAGAAAUUCCACAAAGGUCGUCUACACUAUCCAGUCGUGCGCAUUAGGAAGCCCCAGUCCAAACGGCAAAUGUGUAAAUACGACAACUGUAUCGAAUCUUAAGGACAAUUACAAUCCGCGUCAGCUGAAGUCCUUCGACUGGUGGUCACCUGAUAAUAUAGAAAAUCCCUGCAAGUUUGCAAACGGUGGUUGCGAGCAGCUAUGUGUCAGAGCUGACAACAUUAACAAUGAUUGGCGAAGCACUUGCCAGUGCGAGGUUGGUUGACAGUUAAACUUGGAUGCUAAGACCUGUUCGCCGAUCAGCGAGUACCUCAUGUACGUGCGAGGUUACUACCUAAGGGGUAACGUACUGGAUCAAAAGGAGUCGUUCGUCGAUGCCACGGUACCUUUACAUUUGGACAUGAACUCACUUCAGUACAAGAAAUUAGUUGAAUUUGACGCUAACAUGCACAAGAAUUAUCUUAUCUUUACCGACGACUUUAGUAUGUGGAGGUUAAACCUGCAUUGGACGCAGCAACAAGGUCGGCAAAAGUUACUCGAGAGAACAAAUCAGUACAGGAUGUAUCCGGCCGUCGACUGGGUAGCUGAUCAGAUUUAUUACCUAAGAAUGCAAUUCAGAAGUGGAAAUGAGGCCUACCUCAUGGUCAGACGUCCAGAUGUUUUCAGCCCUUUUGAAACUCAGGGGAUCGUUCACAAAUUCAAAGAGACGGAGAAACCUGGUGCUUUGGUCGUGGAUCCGCGUCUAUGACACAUUGAGUAAGAAAGCUGAGAUUUACAGGAUUAACUCGGAUGGUUCUGGAUUGAAGACUUUCGAGGUUAACGACGUUGGUGUCAGUGUGAAUGAAUCUAGUCUUGGUUAUGACUAUAGUUCGAGGAGACUUUAUUGGUUCAAAAAAGAUAAAACACAGAUCCAGCACGCGAACAUCGAGGGUGGUGAUUUAAUCACAUUUAACAUCAAUCAAGUUUCAGAGCCUAGGUCUAUCAAUGUUCAUCGUCAAUGGAUAUACGUUAACAAUGAAUUCAGUCUCUGGAGAAUCUUAAAGGAAACAGGGGAGUUCGCCGAGAGAAUUCUAUCGAAGCCUGGACAGGAUGAGCAAGAGAGGAUCUCGGCCGCGAAAGGAUAUAGCGCCAAUCUUCAGCCAAUUCCUGAGAAUCGUCCAUGUGCCAUAAACAAAGGAGGUUACGAAGUUUAUUGCUUCGGGGUGCUUGAUGAUCAAGUCGGGGGAACGAGAUUGAAGCUGAAGAGAGUCUGCGCUUGCAAUCAAAACCAAAAACUUCAGGAUGAUAAAAAGAGCUGCAAAUAUGACCCUGACUGGCGCGAGGGAGCUUGAGAAAACAAUGUCAUGUUUAAGUAACAUGAUAUAUGUUUUCUGUACAUCUUUGUAUUUUUGUGUGAAAAUAUAAAAAACUAUAAAAAAUUGAUUGAAUCUCACGAUUUGUCUACUUCCUAACAAGAUGGUAAGCUGACGCCUGCGUAAGGCAACCGGUGCUACAGCUGUGCAGUUGUAGACCGUAAGUUUAGGCGUUUAGGAAAUGCUGAAGUACAUCAUUUCUCUUUUAUUAUUU